AGCUGGCGCCCUUGCGAUCAUGGAGGCGAUACCGGUGCAAUACAGAGACAUAGUUGGGGGGCCAUCCUUGAAAGUGGAUGUGCACACUGGAGCAUUUGCAGAGGGGCUGUUAACUUUCCUAAUUACCUUUGCAUGCCUUUCCAUUAUUGUUAAGGGUCCUCGUAAUGUAAUAUUGCAGGCAUGGUUGCUCGCUCUUGUAAUGGUAGUCUUGGUUAUGUCUGGCAUUGACUAUACCGGCCUUCCAUGAAUCCUGUCACUGCAUUUGGCUGGGCAUAUUUAAAUAGAAGGCACAACACACCAGAGCACCUCUAUGUUUAUUGGAUUACCCCAUUUAUAGGCGCAUCUCUGCCUGGGUUUUCCGGAUUUUCUUUCCCCGCCUGCACCGAAGCAGAAGAAAGCGUAAGUGAAAAUCAAUUAAUUAAUUUGUCCCUCCACAACACUAGUGGAUAUUUACAUGUUUAUGUUACUUUCUUUUCUUUGUGGAUAUUUAAAAGGGUAGUGUGAAUGGAAGUUUAUGUACUGCUUUUGUAUUGUGUCUUGUUGAUUUUCAUCUUGUUGGAUCUCGUCUUGCAACUUUCUUUCUCUGGACUCAACAAGUAAAGAUUCAGUUCAUGC